AUGUAUCGUCGUAUGCGGCGAGAGCUGGAGGAGCACAAUCGCAAACGAGCACAGCUCCCUGAAAGCUCACAUCAAGACUGGCUCGUUGGGUUAAAUUAUGAGGAAAACGAGGCUGAGGACGACAUCCCUUUUCCACCAGCAGUUUUUGCAAUUGCCACUCCUACUGCGACAUACAUGGUCUUCACUAAUUUACUACAGCGCCUUAAUACGCUCAUGUACGGUUAUAAAGGGGACCCGGCAGGAACGCAAGUCGCUGUUGACGACGAUGAGGAGCAGCUCGAUUGGAACGAUGGUGAAGAAGUUCGAGCGUUUGCGAAUGAUGAGUUGAGAGCAUCCAACUGGGCAGCGGACAGAGACGUUGCUGAGAUGCGGAAAAUAAAUAAAUUCAUGGGCUACUAG